AUGGGACAUCCUGUGGCCAUGUUUGACAACGAUUUUUGCUUGCACGUGGACCAUCCUCCACUUCAAUGCAUUAUUGCCAUCUUAGCGCCGGAACUGAUCUUCUGGCUCGCAGCUCAACAAGGCACCACCGUCAAAAGACUAAGAAAAGUGUUCAACGCGGCUCAAAAGGACAGAGACAGCGCGGUGGCGGAGGCCAAUUUAUGGCUUUCAGAACACAGUAGGCCCUUAGAACAGGCACCAGGUCUACCCCAUAUCGAUUUGAAUCCAGUCAACCCGGAGUGGUCCAUUCCCCAAUGCUUCUGUAUUGUUUCAAAUGGCCUGACUAUCCAAACGCAGGAUGAAUGGAUUUACACCGUGCGAUUUAUGGAAAUGAAAGCAUUCAUCCAAGCCGGCAUCUUCCAUUUCUCUGACUUCUGGGACCAGGAUAUCGACGACCGAGCGAAAGCGGACCCCUUUGCCGAAGGAUUCGCUAUCCUCCACAGCACCUGGUUUUUAUGCAACAUCAUUGCAAGGUGGGCCUAUAAUCUACCAGUCUCACCGAUCGAAUUGUCGACUGUCGCCUAA